GAAUCGAGUGGAAAGCUGCUCAAAUCAGCGAGUUUUGGGAAUUUCUCUCUUGAAAAAAGAGCCAAGACGACAGUACAUUUACGCUGGCGUCCGACGUCUGAAUCAACUUUCUUAAAAGGGAGAGUUGUCAUUCUUGAAUUCAAUAAAACAUGCAAAGUUGAGACGAAGUUCCCAUCAUCACAUUUCAGUAAACCCUGCAUUAUCUUCAAGUCGCUAGGAACUUUAACAUUUAGUCAUCAGUCUACUACGUUGUCCAGUCCGCAUUCAGUAACAUCAGCACCAUCAACCAGAUCAACACUAUACGGCAAGUCAACAGUCUUUCCAGGAAUUCCACCGAUUAGCCCAACCAGCUCUCAAAAUCAUACGAACAAGAAAACCAAGAAAGCUACCUCAAAACAUGGGGUCAUAGUGGGAUCCGUUGUUAUUGUGCUUGGAGUUGUUCUACUCGUUCUCAUAGUAGUGCUAAUAUACAGGAAACUGAAACAGAAAUCUCGGCAAAUAGGCACCGCAACUCACAAUUCCAAAGAUGAACUUGUGGAUGAUUUUGACAUGAACGGCAAUCCUCGUUCCAAUGGCAGUCAAACAUCCAAUCAGAGCGGAGCAGAAGAAAUGUACAUGAACACAAUUCCAGACUUACCAAGCGAUCCAGCAGCAAAUGCGGCAAAUAUCUCAACAAAUGCACACGGAAAUUCACAGACAGUUGAGUUACAAGUACCAGAGCUAUACGCGUCUAUGAAAGAUGAUGUACUUCAGUAUGAUUAUGCUUCUGUGAAUGGAGGUCCUGGUUCCAAUCAGAACAUACCAAAAGGAAUGCAACAGAUUCCAGGCGCAUUUGAGUAUGAUUACGCUUCGGUGAAUGGCGAACCUCGUUCCAAUCAGAACAAAUCGGCAGAAGGAAUGCAACAGCGUUCAAUCCCAGAGGCAUUUGAGUAUGAUUAUGCUGCUAUGGACGGAGAUCUUCGUUUCGUCAAUAACAGAACAAAAGGGAUGUGCCAGCAUUCAAUCCCAGAAGAUGAACUUGCGGAUGAUUUUGACAUGGACGGCAAUCCUCGUUCCAAUGUCAGUCAAACAUCCAAUCAGAGCGGAGCAGAAGAAAUGUACAUGAAUACAAUUCCAGACUUACCAAGCGAUCCACCAGCAAAUGCGGCAAAUAUCUCAACAAAUGCACACGGAAAUUCACAGACAGUUGAGUUACAAGAACCAGAGCUAUACGCGUCUAUGAAAGAUGAUGUACUUCAGUAUGAUUAUGCUGUGAGUGGAGGUCCUGGUUCCAAUCAGAACAUACCAAAAGGAAUGCAACAGGUUCCAGGCGCAUUUGAGUAUGAUUACGCUUCGGUGAAUGGCGAACCUCGUUCCAAUCAGAACAAAUCGGCAGAAGGAAUGCAACAGCGUUCAAUCCCAGACGCAUUUGAGUACGAUUAUGCUGCUAUGGACGGAGAUCUUUGUUUCGUCAAUAACAGAACAAAAGGGAUGUGCCAGCAUUCAAACCCAGACAGUCCAUAUCCUGUGUUUGAUCUAACAGAUACUCCACCGUCGGAGGACGUGAAUUUUAAAAACGUCAAAACCUUCCAUGGUCAGUGUAGAAGCAAACAUGUGUUUUACUUUGACGAUUCAAGAGGGGGGUUGCUCGAAACAACGAAUUUUGUGAACAUAUUUUCUCUUAAAAAGGAAAAGCAGUUUGUACAUCUAGACUGGCGUCCAUUAUCCGAAUCCAUUUUAGACGGAAGGCUUAUCAUCAUUGAAUUCACAAACUGUACAAUAGAGUUUUGGAAGCCACCCCCGUCAUCUGUCAGUAACCCUUGCAUUAUUUUCAAGGCUCUAGGUAGUUUAACAUUUGGUCAACAGUCUCCUACGUUGUCCAGUUCGCCGCUUUCAGUAACACCAGCACCACCAACCAGAUCAACACUAUGCAGAACGUCAACAGUUCUUCCUGGAAUUCCAACAAUUAAACCUAUCAGUUCUCCAAAUCAACAGUCUCCUACGUUGUCCAGUCCACAUUCAGUAACACCAGUACCACCAACCAGAUCAACACUAUACGGCACGUCAACAGUUCUUCCUGGAAUCCCAACAAUUAAACCUACGAGUUCUCCAAAUCAUACUAGCAAUAAAACCAAGUUGAUGGUAAUUUUACCGAGUGGAGCAACUGGACACAAUGUCUUCUGCCACCUUGUGGUCAACGGAAAACACGACAUCGAGAUCGUUCUUGCAUCAACCCACCACCUGCUCAUGGUGGAAAGAACUGUACUGGGCCUUACAGUGAGACACAGAAUUGCACUCUGACUCAGCCGGCAUGUCCUAUUUUCAAGAACUGUACUGAAUUCUAUGAACGCGGGUUUAAUCGAAGUGGUGUGUACAUUAUUGAUCCCGACGGAGAUGGAGAAUUUGAGGUUUACUGUGACCACAAGACUGCUGGAGGAGAGAGAAAAGAGAAGAAAAGACG